CGAGAUAAAGAUGAUCGUGGCCUUGUGAUACUUAUGGUUGAUCAGCAGAUGGGACAGGAUGUAGCAAUGAAAAUUUUUAAAGGUGCACCGGAUCCGCUCAGUUCACAGUUCCGUUUGACUUAUAAUAUGGUUCUGAAUUCACUUCGACUGGAUAGUACCAAACCAGAAUUUAUGUUGGAGAAUUCAUUCGCUCAGUUUCAAAACUAUGACGCAUUACCGCAGCUUUACCAAAACAUAGAUGACAAGAAAAAAGAGCUUGCUGCUUACAAAAUUGAUGACGAAGCAGAACUUGCCGAAUAUUAUCAAACGGAAGAACAAAUGAACAAGGUGAAAAAGGCUGUGAGAAGUGCGACCACAAAACCCGAACAUCUUUUGCCUUUUUUGCAAGCCGGACGUUUGCUCCAUAUUGUGUCGAGCGACAGGGACUUCGGCUGGGCAGCUUUACUGAACUUCCACAAAAAGUCUAACCCGGUCGAUCCUCUCGGUGUAGACGUGUUGUACGUACUGGAUGUUUUGAUGUUGCUCUCAUCUGAAAGUGUUAAAAAUUUGCUGGACAUUACGCAGCUGCGACCGCCUAAUUCAGAUGAGAAAGGUGUUCUUGAAGCAGUAUCAGUUGCGAUCAGUUGCGUAUCUGAGAUUAGCUCAGUUCGCGUGAAGCUACCUCAGAACCUGAAAACACACGAAAGCAAGCAGAACGUUGGACGUGCAAUAAAAGUAAGUCGUUACCGGUUUUGA